AUGAAAGCUUCCCAGAAGAAGGCCGCCAAGAAGGCUCCCAAAAAGGCUGGAGCAAAGGCUGACCUUCUGGAUGCCGAUGAGGAGCGGGAAGCGUACCACUUGAAGCUCACCAAAUGGGCAGACGGCUCCAUGAAAGCCAUCAGGAGUUCGUUGUUUUGGCUGCUGCUUCAUGUUGCCAGUCGAGCCCGCGCACCGCUCUCGCAUUUUUUUGCCUGGUGCCAGAAGAAUGCCAACCAACGCCUGGUACAGCAGCUUGUGACCGGACAGGCCAAGGUCUUCCAGAUGGAGUUCGACAACUUGAUCCAGACCUUUCCGACCUGGUUCGCGGAGGCUGUUCGUGAAGCCGGCGCUGAGGCAUUGCCAGGUGAGGUUGCGGACCUCGUGCGUACCCUGAGCUUCAAGCUGGUCCUGCACGCGGCUGGCAGUUUCUUCAUGCGUGUGACCAUGCACAUGCAGAGGUAUCCAUACAAACUGUUCGGAAUGCUGAAAGCAUCUCCUGUCGCGCGAUGCCCUGAGAGACAAGCAAUUGCCAAGGAGAUCAUGGAUUUACCUGACGAACGUCUGGAAUGCAACUGCAGGAAGCUGAAGAGGCUUUAUGGAGAAGAGCUGCGGCAUGUUGCAGAACAGGGGCGCUUCAACUUUGGCGGCAGCGAACAAGGAUCUCGCCUCUUUGCUGUCGUAUCUCUGAUGUCCACACUCUUGAAAGGCGACACGCAACUGGUCGAAUCCAUUAACUCGAUCGUGAGGCUGAUUGGCAAUCGAGCUCCGUCCAUCGAUUUGGAAACCAUGAGCGCCCGCAUUACUGCAAAAAAAUCCCUUACUGGUGAUUUGCCAGGCACGGGAUCUCUGGCUAAACGGUGGAGCAUUGUGGCGACACACGCAAAGCCACUUUUGCAGGAGUUGACCCUGGCUGGCACUGCCUACAAGCAGGUCCUCAACGACACCGCUCGUUUUUCACAGCCCUCCCGUGCUACGAUGCCGGCUUUGGAUGACUCGCUCAGCAACACAGACCUGUCGUUAGCUGUGCCUGAUCUCAGGCGAACCCCGCAGAGGCAGUGGGCCUCAUCGCAAGUGACGAAACUGAAAGCUUCCAUAGAUGCAGCACGGCGCGAGUCCCGACGAUUGAAAGCUUGUGCUGCCUUAACGCCAUCCGCCUUCACGGUCUUCUGCAUCAGACGCACGGAGGACCACGAUGAUCGAGAAUAUUUUCUGCAGCUGCUGACGUACCGUUCCUUGUUGUUUGUUGUGCGCCUCCAGCCCGAAGCAGAUGGCGGUUUGUCUGAAAUUCUCUCGACAAUGCAGCUGCUUACUGGUCUUCAUGCGGGCUGCUUUCACCCGGUGGAGCCCAAGACGUUCGAGGUCUUUGUCCUGACUGCCAUGCACGUGCGCGGCAACACUCUUAGAUGCUUGGAUGAAGCCAGCAGCCCAGGCAGUGGCCCAGGCCAUUUCACUUUCACGUCCCCUGACACGCUCGAGCAUGCCGUGGCUUCCAUUCAACGGGAGGAAGCAAGGGCAGCAGCGUCAGAUCCUGAUCCAGCCAUCGAAGACACGAAGCCUUUGGAUGAAGAAGAACUGUUGAACACUGGGUAUGGUUUUGGCGAGGAUGUCCAAAACUCAACGGCAGAAGCGCUGGACCUAGACGCAGAGCUCGGAGCGUCUCUGAUUGAGGCGAAGACGUCAUCAGAAAUUCGAGCUGCCAUGGAGGGCCCGAAGUCGUCUCAGCAAACCAGGUGCGAUGAUCUUGGAUUGAUCGAGGAAGCUGUUUCCUUGGUGCGGCAAACUCACGCUGAUGCCGGCAACGUUUUGACGCCUGACGAGAUUGAGGAGGAAGCGGUGCUGCUGAUUAUUCGACAGCUUGAGAAGGAGAAGACAAGCAAGACACGCGCAUCUGCACAGGCAGCCUCAGCCUCAGCUUCAGCAUCCAGUUCGACGGCGCCACGACAGCCGCCCCCUGCUGACGAGGCAAGCGACAUGCUUCAGCGCAGCAGGGCGCCAAGACACCGGCAGAAGUACAAGUGCUUCGAGAACGACGACACCUUUCUGUUGGAGGUGUUGCCACAAGCAGAACAGCAGAAUGACUCGGACUCUGAGGAGAUGGUAGCCGAAGCACCCCCAGACGCUGCCCAUCAUGGCCGGGAAAGAAGCAAGACCAGGGCUGCGAAGGCGGCGGAUCGUUGGACUGCUGCAAUGGUGGCGACAUUGCACAGUAUUCUGGACAGGCACCGCAGAUGCCAGAAGGGCGCAGGUUUUCAAGACGAGGUCUCCCUGCUGGUCACCACGCCCAAUGACGCCACUGGCACGCUCUCGCAGGCGCUUGGUGCCGACACCAACACAGAUGAUUCUUCGGACUCUCUGGAGGUCGUCUGUGUUCGAUGGACCGACCCAUCAAUGCGGAUGGGACGAUGCACCCGCAUCGACAGCCGGAACCGGGUAGUCUGGUCGCCGCCGUUCCUCUUCGGACGGGAGGUGCCGGCGCAGCACUUCGCGCACUCGCGAUUUUCAGACUUGCUUCACGCAAGCGGGGCGCAAUCCCGAAAGUUCAAGAGCUCCUGCCGAGAUGCUUUUCCAGAGAUCGUCCAACGCUUUUUAGCGUUCUCCCGUCUGGCAAUCAGCUACGCGAAUCACGUGUCUCGGAAACGGUUUAUUGUCAUUUUUUUGAUAGGUUCUUUUCAUUCAGUCUAUGGUUGGGUUUAA